AUGGGCAGGACUGAGCGGGCGGGCGGCCAGCGCGGAGCCGAAGGCGGCAGCCCGCCUCAGCGGAAAGAGCCGAGUGAGGCCGAAGAGCUCAGGCUCCGUCAGCGGAAAGAGCCGAGUGGGGCCGAAACGCUGCGGCGCUGUCAGCGGAAACACCCGAGUGACUGCGUGGGCGGAGCGACACGAAGCACAAGCGCUUCCCCCUCGGCAACACAACCAAUCGCGAAGUUCCGCAGAGCCAGGGGGCGUGGGACGCCGGUGGCCUCGCAGGCUAUUGGCAGGGCGGGAGCGGCGGAGGCAGCGGUUGCCAUAGGCAGUCCGGAAGGACGCGUUGUCUUGGCGGCGGCGCCCAUGGAGGCGAGCUCGGGGUCGGCGGGGCCGGGUGCAGCCGAGGGUCCGGAACCCGAGGAGGGUGCGGAGCCUGAGCUCGCGGGAUGGCCGCGGUUCUCCUGUCCUGCCCUCUCCUGGAGCACGGCGGAGGUGGCUGAGUGGGUGGCGCAGCUCGGCUUUGCCCAGUACGAGGAGUGCUUCAGGCACAACGGCAUCACCGGCCGCCGCCUCGUCCUGGUGAACUGCUCCAGCCUGCCCGCCAUGGGCGUCACGGACUUCGGCCACAUGCAGGAGAUUUCACAACACGUGCGAGAGCUGCUGGGGAUUGAGGAGCCUCUCUUCAACAGAUCCAUUGCCCUGCCAUACAGAGACAAUAUGAGUCUCUUCCUAGAGCAGAAGUCCCGAUCAGGAAAGAAAGCAGAUAACCUCACUUUCUCCCAGUUUAUCCAAGAAGCAGGACUAGAGCCCUAUACUACAGUUCCUCAUUUGCAAAGAGCCCAGACUGAGAUAAAAGCAGAUGCUCUCCCUGUAUUGCAGGGCACCCAGAGGCAGGAUUAGAAUCUCACACUGCACUUCCACCUUUGGAAGAAGCCCAGCAGAUUGUAUCCUUAUUACCUUGCAGUUUGUCCAAGGAGGUAUACCUCUACCUUUUCCAAAUCACAGAAAAGGUCAUUGCAGCUCUUUGCCAUCUGAUGACAGUAAACACAUCCCCACGUUGGCUGUUUUCUCCAGUCCUUUGUUUGUUUCCAGGAAGUGGGUGAAGCAGAAGCUAUAAAUCAGAUUGUACCACUGUUUGUCUUUCACUUCUGCUUCACAGUUGAUUAAAAAGACAAAAAUAAAAACCA